AUAUCACCCGUUUUGUGAGGAGCAUGCGCAUUACGGCCGGCGAAGUAUUGCGCGGAAAAAUCACCCAAAUCAGUUUAAUUUGCAAUUCUUAAUUUUAUCAGGAUUUCUACUAAAAUUAUUUCUUGAUAUCAGUAAUCUACGUUUACUGUGCAAUCUAAGGAAGCCAUUUCAGAUCAAAAACUUUUGCGAAAUUUGAUUAAUUCAGAAUCCUGGAAUGUCUACCGUAAAUAUCAUCAACGUUAAUGUUUUAGAAAACCCGUCGCCGUUUCUAAGUAAUUUUAAAUUUGAAAUAACUUUUGAGUGCAUGGAGGAUUUACAAGAAGACCUCGAAUGGAAAAUCAUCUAUGUAGGUUCUGCAGAGAGUGCCGAAUAUGAUCAGGUUCUUGAUUCAGUUUUAGUGGGUCCUCUAACUCCAGGAAGGCAUAUGUUUGUUUUUGAGGCUGAGUCCCCAAAAGUCAACCUAAUUCCAAUUGAAGACGUAAUUGGAGUAACUGUGGUAUUAUUAACUUGUUCUUAUAGAAAACAAGAAUUCAUUCGCGUUGGUUAUUAUGUAAAUAAUGAUUACUCUGAACCUGAAUUAAGGGAAAAUCCACCCCAAACUCCCCAGUAUGAAUUAAUUGAAAGAAGUAUUUUGGCCACCAAACCGAGAGUUACUCGCUUUCAAAUAACCUGGGAUAAGGAAGAGGAGAAAGAAAAUGCUGAUGAAUCAGGCGUUCAACUAAACAAUUCCAAUAUUAACGAGUCAACUAUGGAUGCUCCUGCAAAGGAAAAUAGCUCCCAAUUAGAAGAUAAUUGUGCAGGUUCUCAAACUCAGAAUAAUGGAAUAUUGCCAAUUAAUGGAAACUCUCGUGAAGAAAUGGAAGUUUCAUAG